AUGGCCACCGAGCGGCCCGAUGUAGCGGCCAAAGUAAAAGCAAUGAUAGCACUUGCUCCCGCGACUUACGUCUACCACAUGAAAGCCCCAAUUAGACUGUUAGCUUCAUUCUGGAGGGAAUUUCAGCAACUCUCCAACUUACUGGGUAUCAAUGAAUUUUUCGCACGAGGACACUUUUUCAAUGGCUUUGCCAAAUACAUUUGUAAAUCGGUCAUGCUUCGAAAUGUCCUGUGUAGCAAUUCAUUAUUCCUUAUAGCGGGAUUCGAUCCAGAGCAACUCGAUUACGCUAAUCUCAAGGUGUACAAUAGCAGCGAACCGCCGGAAUAUGACAUCUCUAGAAUUCAAGUACCCAUUGCCGUGUUUUGGUCGGAUAACGAUUGGUUGGUCGGUGGAAAGGACGUAGAAACGUUCUACAAGCAGGUGCCUUUGAAACUGGGAAUGUACAAAAUUGCCCACGACAAGUUCAAUCAUUUUGAUUUUCUAUGGGCACUUGAUGCGCCGGAUCUAGUUUAUUCCAAGAUUCUCGACCUGAUGUCGAAAUGCAACAACCGAAUUAUUGAUGAAUUGAGAUAA